AUGGUUCUGAGGCCGAUUGACCCCACGCACGAGGAGGCUGCCGUUGAUGGCAAGCGGACAGUCGCAAAAUCCGCCGUGCUUCACAGAGAUCUUGGUUAUGACUUCCUUCCUCUGGCAGGAGGCGAGGGUAACUACCUUGUACUGGGGGACGGGCGUAGGAUUUUCGAUGGGUCAGGGGGUGCUGCGGUUGGAUGUAUCGGCUGGGGUAACGAGCGAGUUGCGAGGGCCGUUAUGAGGCAGAUGAUGGCGAUCCCAUACUGCUCGACGGUCUUUUAUACGACAAAGGUGCAGGAAGACAUCUGCCGUUACCUGGUCGACUCGACGAACGGCAAUAUGAGCCGUGCUUACAUCGUCAACUCCGGUUCCGAAGCAAUGGAGGCCGCCGUCAAGCUGGCCAGGCAAUAUUUCCUCGAGCUCAGCCCGACCCAGAACCAGAGGACCCGCUUCAUCUCCCGGAAGCAGUCAUAUCAUGGAAUCACCUUGGGCGCGUUAGCGAUAGGGGGGCAUGAGUACAGGCGGGCAAAGUUCGAGCCACUCUUGAUGAAGAACGUCUCCAGGGUGUCCCCAUGCAACGCCUUCCGCGGCAAGAAAACGGGCGAGACGGAUGAGGAGUAUGUCGCCCGACUGGCUAAAGAACUUGACGACGAAUUCCAAGCUGUUGGGCCCGAGACAGUCUGUGCUUUCGUUGCUGAGCCCGUUGUGGGCGCCGCCCUCGGAUGUGUUCCCUCGAUCCCGGGUUAUUUCAAGGCGAUGCAGGCUGUCUGCCGGAAGUACGGCGCGCUCCUCAUCCUUGAUGAGGUGAUGUGCGGCAUGGGUCGGACUGGAACUCUGCAUGCAUGGGAGCAAGAAGGUGUCGUGCCGGACCUUCAGACUAUUGGCAAGGCCCUUGGUGGCGGCUACCAACCGGUAGCGGGCGUGCUCGCGAAUCGGGGCGUCGUAGACGUGCUCGAGAAAGGCAGCUCCGUUUUCGUCCACGGCCACACGUAUCAAGGUCACCCAGCGGGCUGUGCUGCAGCGCUCGAGGUCCAGCGGAUCAUUCGCGAAGAGAAUCUCCUAGAAAACGUCCGGGCAAUGGGCGAGUUGCUCUCUAGGCGGCUGCAAGAACGGCUGGGGGCGCACCCCAAUGUAGGCAACAUUCGAGGGCGGGGCCUCUUUUGGGGCAUCGAGUUCGUUGCCGACAAGAAGACGAUGGAGGCGUUUCCAGCGGGUGAUCGUGUGGCCUUGACCAUCUGCGAGCGCGGGCUGGCCAAGGAGUACGGAAUCAGCGUAUAUCCGGGUAACGGAUCGGCUGAUGGUAUCAACGGCGACCACAUCAUCAUCUCGCCCGCCUACAAUGUUCGCAGCGAGGAGAUCGAGUGGACGGUAGAUGGUAUCGGGCGCCUCGUUGAUGAUUUCUUUGCCGCUCAUCGCGCUGGCGGUGAUAGUUGCUGA